CCAACAUGCUGAGUAAUAUCGGCUGUCACUUGUAGUUUUCGGUCGAAAAUGGAAGAAAGAAGCGAUCGGGAGACGCUUUUGGGGUUUAAACCCCAGAAAGAAAUAAUUUAUAACACACUUUUACCAUACAAAGAUGAUUUAGACUUGGAAUCGAACUCGUUUUUGGCAGAAAUCAAAACCAAUCUGGGACGAGCUGUUCAACUUCGAGACAUUAAAGUUGGCGUUGGACACUGGGUUAACCAGCUCUCACGUUACAAACGACUUUAUGGACUAAAGUUCUCCAAAGAUGACCAGCUACAUUUCAUCCACUUGAUGUAUGAGCUGACCGUGAUCCCUGAUUUAGAGCUGUCCCUGGUGCACAAGUUUGCUUCGAUGCUUUCAUCACUUCUUAAAAAAAAAAAGUUACUGACUCGUGAAGACCUAACUAUACAAUGGCGGCCUCUGUAUAAAUUGGUGGACAAUGUGAUGUAUAACACAUAUGACCAGCAUGGAUUGCUUCUUAUGCCAGCAACCCUAGUACAGACACUUGAAAGUCUGGUCAGAGACUGUAGAUGUUACUUCCCCUUGGAGAGCACCCAGGAAAUACUAGAAGAGUUGCGUCCCCUGCUGUGCCCAUUUGAUGUGACUGUGAUCAAGGGACUGCAGCACCUUGAACUCUUUCUGCCCACCUGCCAGAAACCAGAGGAGAUGGACAGGGGAUUCAGGCUAUGGUUUGAUGAGCUGAUAAACAUGUGGGAUUCCUUCCAGAACAAUCCUUCCUGGGAAAAGUUCCUGAUAUCCCUGUUUGCCAGGCUGGCCCAUAACAAUGUUGGCUACAUUGACUGGUCACCCUAUGUCUCCAAGGUGUUUACACGUCUGCUGCGGGUAUUUAAUCUUCCUGUGGGUACACAGAUGGUGCAGGUGAACCGGGGAAACUACAACAAGGUCGAGAUAGAGCCCUACAUCACAUGGAUUGUCGCCAUGAUGGGAGGGGAGAGCACUGUGCAGGACCACAUUGACAAACUGUUCACUGCCCUUCACAACUUCUUCCAUCCGUCAAACCUUGGCAAAUGGAAUAUUAAGCUGAGCAGCCUUCUGAUGAACUUUCCAAAGAUAUUCAUAAGAAGGGUGAACAGGGAGCGUUACCGAGAGGCAACAUGGAUGAAGGUGAUCCCAGAGUCCCACAAGCUGACGGAUGCGGAGAUUACUCGAUUUGUAGAGAGCAUGAAGAGUACUGUGCUUAUGUCCAUGUUCAGCAAAUAUGGCAGCCAGGACUCGGCCGUUGCACUUCGUCACCUCUCCACCAUGAGGCCCGAGCUCAUUGUGCCCCCACUGCUGGAAAAGAUGUACCCAGCAAUGGAGACCCUGAUAGAACCUCACCGCCUGAUAGCGUGUAUGAACUGUAUUGUGUCCGUAUCAAGGGCCAUGUUUAGUGCGGGCAAGUGGUUCCCUGAGGGUCGUCUACACGUCUUACCCCUUCUUAACCUCUCACUGCCGGGUAUUGACCCUAAUGACUUCAAGAAAUGCCUGGUGACGUUCCAGAUGAUAGCAACUUUUAUCUCCCUUGUUCCGAUUGUUGACUGCUCCGAGGCAAUCCAUGUGCGAGAUGAUCUUACAGAGGUGGAGAAAGAGUUGUGUUCAGCCACGGCUCAGUUUGAAGACUUUGUUCUGCUGUUUGUUGACAGGGUGUUUGCGCUGGUAGAGAACAGUGCCCAGGAGCAAUACCAGGGAGCCUUGAACCCAGAACAGUUGAUAGUGGAGAAGGCCAUGGCCUCCUGCUUUACCUCUGUCCUUCAGCAGUGCUCAACACCCAUACUAAUGUCAGCACUGAGGCGCCUGCACAAUUUCAUCACUGGCUCCGUGUAUGAGAACAGAGUCGGGGGUCGCUAUGCUGCCAAUUUGCUCAGAGCUGCUGAACAGGUCAAUCCCAAGGAAACCCUUAAGAUGUUCUUAAACAGAAUUUGCAAUAACAUAUUGGAACUUAUACAAUCCCACGAGGAGUACCUGACUGCGGAACAGCUGGACGAUGGAUUUCUCUGGAACCUUCUCAUGCUCUCACAGCUGUUGCGAUGUGACGGCAGUGAGCUACUACCCUAUAAGGAGAAGAUCCUUGAAGUGCUGCCCAAAAUUCUGCGCCUACAGUGUGUACGGGGCUACGAGAUUGCGGGCAAGACCCUCAUGUAUCUCCUGGGCUCACUGACCCGCAUAUACCCUCUAAACUACCGCAGUGUUCCGGGCUCUGUGGAUAGGCCCGUCACAGAAUACCUAGCCAUCAGGGACUGGGCGAAGACUGGUGAUGUACAAGACUUGGGAUGCGAGUGGCACACGCCGGUUGAGGGGGAGAUAAGCUUUGCACAGGAAGUCCUCGAUACAAUACUGGUUCCCGAACUGGAGACAGUAAAGGCCUUGUCUGCUGAGAACCAGCUCCCAAGGGAGGACCUUCUACGCCGCCUUGUUAUCAUCCUGGAGGGUCUGAAUGGUGUGGCGGCCGCUAUGCCAGUCUGGGAUGGAGAACAUACAUCACUCAUUGACAGCCAAGUGCCUUUAACCAGAUUUACCUGCGCUAAUUCCUGUGGGUCCAACUUUGAGGUGACCCUGAAAGGUGGACAGAAUGCCAGGACUGUUGUCAUGGAUGCCAUCAGACCACUGCUGAAGCACAUGUUGUCCUGUUGCGAAGAUGAUACAAAGGGACUUAAUAAAGUCCUCCAGAUCUAUGAAUCCAUCUUGUUUUUCCACGGAACAUCAGAGAUGGAUUUCGAAAAUCGCUGGAAAAGUUUCCAUGCUGUGAAAAGGGCACUUGAGGACAAGAUGCGGGGAGGGAAGAAACACCUGCGUGCAUUACUAGUUGACAGAGUACUCCUUCAACACCAGAUGCGGUGCUUACAAAAGACAGACCGUUCGUUCACGCGUCCUCAUCAGGACAUGCUGGAGGACUUGUACACUCUUUCUAUCAGCAGAUACAGCGAGGUUCGUAAGAAGUCACAGGCAAUGUUGGGCCUGUUUUUCAACCACUAUCCAUACUCGUAUCGCAGUUUGCUGGACGGAAUUGUUGAGCGCCUCACGAACAGUGACACUCCAGAACAUCAGUUCCAGGGUGUGUUGUACAUUCUGCUGGGUACCAGAAAGAGCUGUAUUGCGACAAAGCGAAGCUGGGAGGUCAUCUCACGCAUCUGGCCGGCGCUUACACAGGCCCAGCAGUCUGAGAAGCCAUCCAUCCUUGCUCUCAUAGACAACAUCAUCAACAAAACAGUGAAAAAUUCAGAGACCACUGCCAUCAAGCUGGAGGUGAAUCAAGCCAGCAUAGAGGCAGCUGGUAGGUUGUUACAGUCGGGUGUUCCCGCCCCAACAGAGUCCCCUUGUAGCGAGGUUGAGUCUCAAUCCGCACUUCAGUUUGAGGUGGACAGAAACGAAAAGUCUUUCACAAUGUACACAGAUUUAGUGGAGAAGAUGGUUUCCAUGGUGAAAGGAGGACAGCUGACGUGGAAGUUUAGUCAGAUAGCACUGGAUCUGUUGAACCUGUUGUUACGUCAUGACACGCCCACCCCGCCCUGCCUGGUGGAGCUGCUCACUAAUUCCUGUGUCAGUGAUACCCUCUACAUACGCAAGAUCAGUAUCAUGAGCCUGAUGUCGAUACAGAAGCAAAUGAAGAGGAAACACAAGAAAAUCACCGUAGACCCCUUGAAAGAGGCGGCGAAAUCUUCAACAAAGUUUAUUCCAGGGGAAGCAACCACUCACCAGCAGCAUAUACCAAAUCAAUCAGUGGACUGUAACCUUAGCCCUAGUGACUCUUCCUUAUCCUCUGGAGGAGAUGUGAGGGGUGGGGAGAUACCCCCACAUGGGACGGGGUACUUUAGACCAGGCUACAGGGCAGAUAAUGUGUGGCAUACAUACAACAGCAAGGAUUUACCAGACACACAGGAGAAAUGGGAGGGCCUGUCGGUGAUCGAGAAAACUCACUGGGGGUACUACUCGUGGCCGAAGGAUCUAAAAACCUACGCCCCGAAAUCAGAACAACCGAAGCUAAACAGGGACAGACAAGAUUUAACAGAGGGAGAAAAGAUUAUCUAUGAUGCAUUUACCAACCCAGAAUUUGUGACAAAACUAGUCGACUUUUUAGCCCUGGAAGAAAAUAAGGGCAGAGAUAAAUUUGGUUUCAAGAAAAUGGUGCUAUUUAAGGGUUUGUUCCGGAACUUUGGUGACAGCCUCCUGCCGUCUUUCAAGCCCCACAUUGAGCGCCUGAUCAGUGAUACAAGUCAUGACAAACAUGACUCCAGUCACCGAUGUGCCAUGGAGAUUAUGUCGGGCAUUAUCCGUGGCUCCAAACACUGGUCCUAUACACAGACUGUGUCCUUGUGGGCGUGGCUCAAGCCGCUACUGAAAAACGCCCUCAACAAUCUGACAGACUCCACAUUGAAGGACUGGUGUACAUUCUUUUCCUUUGCCUCGGAGAGUCGCGACCCACGUAAGACGUACUGGUUUUACGAGCUGGUAAUGGACAACCCACUGAGUGGGGAAGGCGGCUCCUUUGGGGAUGCUGGACGUCUGUCCAUGCUGCAGAACGCGUUGUUACAGCAGGAAUGGCGAGUCGGCGAUCUCCACAGUAGACUCCUCUCCUACCUCACCCCCCACUUAGCUCACAUCUACAAGAUUGUCAGGGACCGGAUUGGCUGUUUGCUGUCGGACGUGUUUAUCCUCGACUACAAGAUGUUCCCGACCUCCCAGACACGGGGAGAUUCGCGGCGAGAGUUUAUCGACUCCAUCAUGCCCACACUGAACAAACUGCAAGAUCUCGUCAUAGAGGAAGCACGGCUCAAGAACGGCAAUGGGGGUUCUGGAGAGAACAGUCCUGUGCGUGAGUCAGCGAGCAGCGGCAGCCUUGAAACAGGCGUGGAGCAGAUGGACAUCGAGGUUGAUGGGGAAGAGAGUGAGGAACGCAAAGACCUGACCAGGCUGUGUAAAACAGUGAUGAAGUGUGCAGCCAGCUGCAUCAACAGAACCUUUUUCUCUGCACCAAGGGAGAUUGUCCAGCUUUUACCCAUUAUGUGCACUUUGGAGAGCGAGGCAAAGGAUGAGGAGCUGAAGAUGGACUGUCAAGUGGCGCUGGCCUGUCUCGCCCAGGCGUUGAUACAGCCUGAUGUUAUACCACACAUCCUUCAUACAGUCAAACAGGUGACAGGCCUUCAGUCGUGGCACGCAAGGUCAGCAGUCCUGAGCUACGUUCAGGUGGCGGUGUUCUGUAAUUACUUCAUCCUCCAGGACCCGGCGCACAAGGAGACAAUACGAGAAACUGUGAUGCACCUUAUCUGUGAUGAUAAACUGGAGGUUCGUGAGAUGGCGAGUGUGACAUUAAGCGGCCUGUUACAAUGUGGCUACCUGGAGAUGGACCAGGAUCUGCUGGAUCAUUUUGAGAGGCUCAGUGCCACCAAGAUUAAGAAGCGAGUGAAGUCAGAGUCCGUGCCCAUGGAGAAGAUCAUACAGCGUCAUGCGGGCGUGCUGGGUCUAUGUGCGUACGUACAGGCAUACCCGUACCACGUGCCCGCAUACAUGCCCCAAAUUCUUAUGGAUCUCAGCAGCCAUGUAAACGAUCCUCAACCCAUACAGAUGACCGUGAAGAAGACCCUGUCCAACUUCCGUCGCACGCACCACGACAACUGGCACGACCACAAACUCAUGUUCACAGACGACCAGCUCGUCAUUUUAACUGAUCUGCUGGUCUCACCCAACUAUUAUGCUUGAUGAAAGCUGAAACUAGGUUCUCUAUAUUUAGGAACUGCCUUGUGAGCCAGUAUUACCUUUCCAUUCACUGCCAGGUAACAUCUGAACUUGGUGUCAUGAAAUACAGGUGUUUACAGCCUAUAAGUGACCUUUAUCCUGCCUCUGUGUCAACGGCAGGUGUUAACAAUCAACUGGUGACUUUUAUAUAUAAACACACGGUGACUUGUUUCUGUAGUAAACUGCUGGUGUUAACAAUCUACAGCUGACUUUUAUAUACACAUACUGUGACAUGUUCCUGUAGUAAACUGCAGGUGUUAACAAUCAACAGGUGACUUUUAUCUGCACAUACCGUGUCAUGUCCUGUAGUAAACUGCAGGUGUUAACAAUCAACAGGUGGCUUUUAUCUACACACGCUGUGACGUGUUCCGGUAUAAAACUGCAUGUGUUUUAAAUCUACAUGUGAUUUUUCUACCCAUCUAUGGGAUCACCUGUUUCCAUGUAAACUGCAGGAGUUUAAAAAGUGCUGAUCUACAGACUUUAUUCUUAGUUUGUGAUGGAUUUAACAGAUUCUAUUUCUGCAGGUGUUUUAGUAUGCGAGCGCCACAACCUGCAAACACCUAUUACUGAUUUUAAGCAUUUACCAGCCCAAAUUUGGCCCAAAGUCUCAAAACAUCUUAAAUGUAACAUGCCUUAAUAUCUUAUUUCAUUUAAGCAAUUAACUUUUUUAACCUUGAUUUAAAAAAGUAGAAAUAUUUGUUUGUGAUUAUUAUAAAAAUAAAAGCUUGAACCUGUUAUAAGAGACUAGAGAUGUUUUGAGAAAUUUGGGCCAGAAGUUACUUGCAUUUUGUUGUUUUUUGAUUGUCAAAAAGUGUGACAUGCUUUUUUAAUAAUCAGGGUUCUAUUAUUAUUUUUACCACAUUUUACCACAUUUCUAUUCAUUGUACUUUCCAUGGAUUAUUAUUAAAGUGUUUGUAAUUAUUAUACAUGAAGGAAAGGUCAGAUAAUGAUUUAUAUAUGAAGAUAAUGAAUUUUGUAUGAAUAUUAAUAUGAAUAGAUAAGUUUUAUGUAUGAAAAUAAUAAUGAAUAGAUAAUGAUUUGUGUAUGAAGAUAAUAAUGAAAAUAUAAUGAUUUAUGUAUGAAGAUAGAUACAAAUGUAUGACUAAAUAAUGAUUUGUGUAUCAAAAUAAUAAUGAAUAGAUAAUGAUUUGUGUAUGAAGAUAAUAAUGAAUAGAUAAUGAUUUGUGUUUGAAGACAGAUAUAACUAAAUAAUGAUUUAUGUUUAGAGAUGAUGAUGAAUAUAGGAUGAUUUUUGUAUAAAGAUAAAUAUCAAUGUUAUGUACAUGUUUUAUGAAAAAAAAUAGUGUUUAAUGAUUGAGUGUACCUUUAUUCAUGCAUUUAUGUUUAUUUUUUUCUAACUGACCCAGAAAAAGUUGGCAGCACAAUCUGUGUUUGGUAUAAUAUGGUUUCUUUUACCGGGUAGUUGUUUUUGUUCUUCAUCAAGUAUUAAAAUACAUCCAAUACAUGAUUUUACAUUAGCAGAUAAUAAUAAUAGUGUACUAUAACUUCUAAAAGAUGUAUUUUGGUUAUCGAAUAUUCGAUCGAAAGAAUUACCGAAUAUUCGAAUAUCAAUUUUGCCAUUCGUUUGCAUCCCUAAUUAAAAUACAUCCAAUAGAUGAUUAAAGCUUCGUUGUUGCAAACGUUCAUCAUUGGAUUUUGCUAGUUAUCGAUACUCAUGUAUCAUUCCUAUAGUCAGGCCAUGAUUUAUACUUUAUCAACCGUAGUUUUUCUGUAAAAUUUUGCUAUUCAAUUAAAGAGACUUCAUGCAUGUAAAUUUUCUAUAAUAAAAGAAUAUUCAACAGUGCACAAAGUCAAGGCCUAAUUAAAAUCAAAUUGUAAGUAAGUAAUUUUAUUUUUUCAUAUGUUAUUUCUAUGUUAUAUUUCUCCCACUUGUUAAUGUAUCUGAUGUGCAGGUAAUCACUUCAUUCCAUCACGCCAUAAUGGUAUCAGUUUAUUUUGUAUGGCUGGUGACCCCAUAUAAUUUUGUUACCAUUUAAAGCUGCACUCUCACAGAUUGUUAAUUUUAACACUUUUAAAAUAAUAAGUCUCAGAAGUGGCUUAUUUUGGCAUCAAUACCUUCAAUUUAAUCCUAUUAGAUAAUUCACAAUAGAAUAGGUUCCAAUUGUUGAAUAAAUUGCCAAAAAUUUCAUUUUUCUUAAAGCAUUAGUAACACUUUAAUCAAAGGGACAUUAAUUUUCAAACAAAAAUAUGAUAAACAGCGAUGUUAUCUUUUGUCAGCAGACUUAUGUCACUGGAUUACAGACAUUUUCGCAAAAAUUGGCUCAUUAAAAGUAAAAAAAAUAAAACAGUCAGGGUUCGAAUUUAACUUUGAGGAGCACUCGCAAAAUUUUGCGAGUGCUUUUUGAGGCAACUCGCAAAAUGAAAAAUCAACUUGCAAUUUUAUUAUUUGCUUUAUUCCCUAAAAAUAUUGUCUAAUUAAAGUAGAAAUUUACACCUAAGAGUAAGACAUAUUAUGAAUAUUAAAAAGUAUCAAUCUUGAGUGACUCGACUACUAGAACUUGUUAAUGGCUUAUUCUUUUUGGGGGGUAAGGAAAGACUCAUCAAAUGCUGGCCGCUUUUUUUAUAACAAAGCUGUCAAAUAACACGCUACAGAUUUCAUUAAGGCUAUAAGUAUAAAAAAACAAUAACAUUAUAAAUUAAAAAUAAAUAAAAGCAACAGUAACUGUAGGGUGGAUGCUUUGGACCAUGAAAUAAAUCAAUCAACGAAGUCUAUUCACUUUUGACAGUUGAGCGGAAAUAUAUUCAAAGGUUGAUGGGGUUUACAUAUAGUGCGCGAAAGCGCUAAAUUUAGCCAAUGAUUGAGCUAGGUGAUUACGUCAUUUGUAUUCAUUUUGUAUUAUGCACGCCUCGGAGCAUCCCGAAAAGAUUCGAGAUAAAACUCAGCCUUUUCUGUAUUUGUUCUAUUUUUGAAAACCUACAAGAGCGUGACUCCGUACUGUCUUCUUUAUACUGGUAGUGUAAACAUGCCACUUAUAGGCUGUUUACAUUCGACCAUGUAGCGGAGUUAAGUUCAAGUUUAUUCUACUUUCCUUUUAACAUUUUGUGGUCUAGAAAAAGCCACUCGCAGAAUUUUGCGAGUUUGGAUAAAAGUCACUCGCAAUAUGAAAAUGUCGCUUGCAUUUUGCAAGUAUGCGUGUCUAAAUUCGAACCCUGACAGUUGUCAAAACAAUUUAUAUGUGAGAAUGCAGCUUUAAAGGGGCAUUAUAUGCUGAUCACUAAUAUAUAAAUAUAAGUGACCAUAAAAGCAUUUUAAAAGUUAUUGCAGGUUGUAAUUUUGUUAUCUAUUUCAAUUUAACAUGAUUUUUCAAUAUUUAAAGGACAUAAAAGGUGUUUUGUAUUAUUUAUUUUGGUAAAAUUCCUUUUUUUUUCUCUUUUCAAAAGAUACCAAAAUACAUGGGUACACCAGGCAGCUAAAUUUCACAUUUUUGUUAAUUUGACACCUUAAAUGCAUCUUUAUUUUGUUACAUUUUUGUAGCUUUCAGACUUAGAGGUACAUGUAUAAUGUUCAAGUCAGUUCAACGUAUAGUCAAAUUUCUUAAAAUCAAAAUGAUAUGGGGGGUUUUCUGUUUUGUCUAAAUUUGAAGACAAAACUUCAUUAUGUUUUGUUAUAAAUUGUUGUACGGUAUUUAGAUUUGAAUAUUAAAUUAUUCAUUUCAAAAAGCAACACAAUUACUUGUUGUUCCAAUGUUUGGUACAUGAUAUGUUUUUACUGCUUGUUGCUUGCUGUUUAAUCGGAAAUGAAUUCACUAUUUUUUUAAGUUUUCCGAAGGCAUUAUUAAAUAUAAUUCUUAUCCUUGUCUCAGAUAUGCCUCAGGGAUUCCAUUCAGUAUAUUGGUCAGUUAUUUUUACCAUCCAAUCAAAACGCUCCGAUUCUACUUUCAAAUUUAUGUUUGUAACCUCUGAUUUGGAAAAAAAUCUGAUUUGAAAAUAAACUUAUUUGCUGAUUUUCAGACCAUCUAAACCAUCUGGCGUCUAGCCCCUUUAAGAAGUGUGCCAGAUUUAUAAUCAUAAAACUUGUAGAACAAAUAGGGAAAACUACAUACAUAUAAUAAUCAUGUAAAAGAUGAAACAACCUCAGGGAGGUUUCUCUUUAAAGAAGCUUUUUUUUACAAACAUGAUGAAUGUAAAGUGUGUAAUUAUUUCAUGGCAAACAAAUGCCAUUUUUAAGAGGGCAACUGUUGUAAUUUAUUAAAAAAUAACAUUUUAAGGUAAUUGAUGAAUGUUAUUGUAUUUAGAAGAUUCAAAUGAAUUAGAAAUGGAAAUGGGGUUUUGUUUUUUUACAAGUAAAUUACCCCAUUUGUUAAUUACUCUAUCUGCUUACUUUUGUCUUUCUGGUUGUAAUUCUUUUUUAUAUGAUAAAUGUGAAGUGUGUUGUUUCAUGGCGUAUGAAUGUCAUUUCUAAGAAUUUAUUAGAAAUAACAGUCUAUGGUAAUUGAUAAAUGCGCUGACAUUUAGUAUAUUCAAAAUGAAAAUGGUCUGCAGGUUAAUGUAAAGUGUGUUGUUCAAUGGCAAAUGAAUAGCAUUUUUAAGACAGCAAAACUGUUGUUGCACUUUAUUAGAAAUAACAAUGUAAGGUAAUUGAUAAACAUUCUAAUAACUAGUGGAGUCAAAAAAUGACCUACAAGUAAAAAUACACAAAACUUUUUAAAUUAUUUUAUCUGGUUAUUUUGUGUUCUUGGUCAUUACUUUUGAUAGGUUUACUAUUGGUUUCUAUUUGACCGUAUUUUUUGUUAAAGGGACUACAUACCAGUUGAUACCAGUGCAGGAAAAAAAGAAAAUUGUCAAAAACUUACAUCAAUUUGAUAUGGUUGUGUCUUACUUACUGAUGUAUCACAUCACUUAUGACUCAUGUAUCUUUCGCAGUUUUUGCAUAAUUACAAGUAAUUUGAAGAUAGUAUCAAUAUAUUUAUUUGUACUAAUCACAUGACAUUCACAUGGUAAAUAAACUGGGAAACCAUUACGCGCUAUUUUGAAAGGAGUAAACUCAGCCGAUACAGCGACUAAAUAUUCUUUUGGUCAUUUAAAAUGAUGUAUUUUUGGCAUCUUAUUAGCUCGAAUUGACAAUUCUAGGAUUGUUUUAAGGAAAUACUGUAUCAUACAUGCCAUAUUUCUGAGAGGCUUCCCAGGGGAUUUUGGUCUGAAUUCCAGGGGAUUUUAAUAUUACACCAGGGGAUUUUUACGCGACGAAAAUUUACGCAAUAUCUGCAUUUAUAAUAUAAGAAUAAAUACAGAAAUACACUCAAAUACAAUAAUUUUUGGACUUAGUCAUCAUGGACCUUCAUGGAAUUUCACACUCAUAAUAUUAUUGAAGUUUUCCAUUGUCAACCUAAAGCAAGUUUCGAUUUUUUUUUGUUUUUUUUUUAAAUUCCAGGGGAUAUGAAUCCCCCGGCGGGGGACCAGGGGAUGGGUCGAAAUUCCGGGGGAUUUUUUCCCCCGCCGGGGGAUAUGGCAUGUAUGCUGUAUUUGCCCAUUUUGGACCCAUCUGGUGUCUAGUCCCUUUAAUUGCUGUGUCCUUAUUCUGAACAUAUUGUUAUGGAAAUUUGCUUUUCUUUUAUUGCUUAUUUUAUGAUUUAUUCCAUGUACAUAAUUAUUUUCUUUCAUGAAUAAAAAAGGGAUAAUCAA